UUCAUGUUUGAUUGCAGCACGCCGAGACAUCAGCGAUGGCAGGCACAACUGCUUUGCCACUUCAAGAAUUUAUUGGAUCUUUGAACAAUACCUGUCUGCCCAAAAUUCUACAAGUUUGCUCCGGAGUGUAUUUCCAAGGUUCUAUAUAUGAAAUUUCUGGAAGCGAAGUGUGCUUUUCUACUGGGGAUCUAAUUAAGGUCAUCAACAUUGAGCUCGUAUCAGUUUGCUGUGAAGACAUCAGCGACAGUGUGAAGUUUGAGCUGCCUAUCAACCACACAGGCUUGUUCAAGGUGGUUCCAGAAGAGAUGCCUUACAGCACUGUAGAGGAGAUGAUGAGACUGAGGCCUGUCGACCUACAAUCCUGCCUUCCCUUCACUUUCACCAGCCGCUCCAAAAUGACCUUUGGCAGCUUUACAUUGGGGGCUGAGAGAGCUUUGACUGUGAUCUGCAUUGAGAGGCAUGAGGGUGAAGAGGAUCGAGUGCGCUGCCAUGUUCGAGGACAACAAGGAGCCUCUGCUGAAGUGUGCAUCCCUCUUUCUUCCCGAGGGGAGUUUUAUGAGUGUGAGAGCGAGGAGUGUUUUACUCUGCAGGAGAUCAUGUCCUCACCUGCUCUGCGUAGUCGGAGAUUUCGCUUUAUGAACACCACCAAAUCUGACCGACGUUUUCUCCUCAGUCCAGUGUACCAGGUCCAUGCAAUCAUGAACUUGAGAAAGAACGUGCUGAAGUUCCCGUCCAGCUUAGAGGUGGAUGUGGUUGAUGUCACUGAUGUGUGUAAAGACGUAAAUUUCGUGACUCCACUCAGUCUGACAGAAGUCCUUUCUCAGCCAGACAAAUCGUUUCCUGUAGUAGUCGAGGUAUUAGAAGGCCCAGAGACCCGCUCUCUGUUCAAGUGCAGCUGGCUGCCAGAACUCAACAAGAACGAGCGCCUGGUUUUGCACAAGAAAGGAACUUCAGCCAUGGUUGUGUUAUCCAGUCUGAAGAGCCGGAAGGUGCAGCAGUACUUUCUGGUAUCUCAGCAAUAUGGUGGAAGAUUUCGGAGACGGCCGAGAGAAUUUAAUUCGGUGUAUGAGCUGUAUGCUGCUUCAAUCCAGAUCCCAGGUCUGAAGGUCAGUGUCACAAGGAACUGUGAGGAAGUGGAGGAGGAGGGCCUGCCUGCCCUCAGCGUGGGGGAUCAGCUGGAGAUUGGGCGCUGCGAUAGAGUGGAGUUGCCUUGUGAAAGCACCACGGGACUGAAGCAGUCCGUUGAGGCUCUUGUGUGUCACCGUCUUCAAGAACCUACCGAUGGGGAUGAUGAUGAUGAUGAUGAUGAUGAUGACGAAGAGGAAGUCAAACAGGAGGAUGACAAAGAGGAGAUUUUUCUUCCUCUCUACAUGCAGGGUCACUUUGUGGAAGUACUCAGUGAUAACAAGAAAUACAGACUCAAGGACUUGGGUAAGGAUUGUAGUUUGCCACUGGAUGUUAAAGUGGUGAGCCGUGAUACAGAACUCGAGACGGAUCCGCUGGUCGGGUUUGCAUGUCUUAGGAUUGAGGGGGCCAUGUUGGAGCCCACCAUCCAGGCAAGCUUUGCACACAGGCCAGACUGCUGUUUUGAGAUCCCAACCCAGUGGGUCUCUAUGUCUGUGUCGUUUACUAAGGACCCUCUGCCAUGGCCCGAGGGUCAAUACCCUAAGUGCCGAGUGGAUAGGGUUACUGAGGUGACAGACACGUUCUUCUAUGAAUUUCGCAAACAGGAUAACUCGGAUGUGGCUCCUCCCCCUCGACCACCGAAGCCAAGUCUGUCAUUUUCAAAAGCUUCCAAAAAGGCAUCAUCAAAGUCCUCGAAGAAAGCAGCAAAGGCGCAACAAUCCAAACAACAACCAUGCAAAAGUGUUCCAACCAAACAGUUCAGUGACUUGACUUUAAAUACCAAAAGAAGGCCCCCAGCUCCACCGCCUCCAACUUGCUUAGAUGAUGAACCUCCGCCAGUCACACCCCGAAAGCAGUCAGCAAGUGAAAUGAGACCAUGCAAGGCUUUGCCGAACACUUACAUAAGACUGGAAGAGGCAAAGAAAAAAGUGCCCCUGGGUGACCUCGAAGCAGAUGUGGACAGUGACCAUGACUAUGAAACUGUGGACGACACUUUCUCAGUUAUAGUGAAGAAAGCACAAGAGAAUGUCAUGUUCUACUAAAAUAUACAUAUCAUGCUGAUGUUGUGAAAUAUGCCAUGCCAAAAAUGAAUAAUUCAGUUUUUAGGUGCUUGGGAAUGAAAUCCCAAAUGUUGUGUUCAAACUCAUGCGAUGUCAUGCUCAGUGUAUUUGUUUUAACCCCUUUAGUUUAAUAUGAAAUUAUUCAACUAUCUUCCUUACAGUUUGCUGGUAAAUCAGUGUGAUAUGAAUUUGUUCCAUAAUAGCACGUCUGGCCACAGAUGCUGAGACAGCAUCCUCCAGUCUCUUUAACUCUCCUUUUAUUGUCAUGUGGUUAGCAAAAUUUCUUCUCAUCAUUUUAUUGUUCCACCCAAAAUACUUCACCCUUAUUUAAGUUUCUAAGCUUCUGUAUCUAUGCAACCAUUAGUCUACCACAUGCAAACUUUGAUGGAACAAAUACUACCUUUGCAAUUCAAACACUUUUUGUACAGACUGUUAGGAAAGUGUUGAUUUAACCGUUUGGUACUUUGCCAAGCAAUGAUUGUAGUUUUGUAUACAAUAUCAUAUUUAUAUUGUGCAAUACUAUGCAGUAAAUGCUGUAUAUAGUCAACAUUCAAUAUACAGUCUUAUUACAUAUAGCUUCACAUGCUGUAGGCAGCAAUGGAAUGUAUAUGUCAACCUCACAUUGACAUAUACAUUGUGUAAUAAUGCGAACUCUUAACAGAAAGGACUCAAUCCCGUCCUUGAGAAGCGACAGUCCAAACCACAAAACAGCAUGAAUGCAGCAGCAGUAGCAGAAACUCUCCCCCUUCAGCCACAUCAAACUAAUCACCAGCAAGUAGUGCUCACACUUUCUUAAAAAAAAAAAAAAAACUCAGUUAAAGAACUUAAUAGUGUACUUCAAAAUGGCAAUAAAAGGCAAACUAUUGUUUACCACCUCCAAUGUUUUGAAGGUUGAAAACUAUCAAUUGUGUGUGGAUUGAUUUGUCACUUUAACCUUGUACAAAAUAUAUCAUCAUAAAAUAUGACAUCUAAAUGCACCCAGACUUGUUGGGUUUAUUCAAACUGUCAAUGUUUUUUUUUUUUUUUCCAACAGUGUGACUCUUUGACACCUUAUAGAUGUUCACGUGUGUGUUGGCUGACCUGCAAAGUGCAAAACUCAGUUUGUGGUUACGCUAAGAUAAAGGUGUCAAUGCAGAUGUAACUUAUGGCUGUAUUUAAGUCUUAAUAAACUUGCAAAUAUUACUAGAAUUGUGGGUGAUUUUUCA